AUGAGUGGAGACGAAGAAGGAGCAUUUGAUCUCAAGCUGUUUGUGAAAGCUGUUACAGAACAAUUCACAGCCUUAAAUAGAAGGUUUGAUGAUUUAGCAUCAAGGUCUAGGUCCCCUCCUAGGCGAAACAAUGAAGAGGAAGAAGAGGAGGAGUAUUCAGAUGGAAGAUCUCAUGAAAGAAGAAGAAGUGACAAUAACUUGAAUAGUAUCAAAAUGACCAUCCCUACAUUUCAAGGAAAGAAUGAUCCUGAACUGUACUUGGAGUGGGAGAGAAAGGUGGAGCAUGUGUUUGAUUGCCAUCACUAUUCAGAGGAGAAAAAGGUAAAAUUGGCAGUUGUUGAAUUUUCUGAUUAUGCUAGUAUUUGGUGGGAUCAAUUUGUGAUAAACAGGCGCAGAAAUGGAGAGAGACCCAUUCGCUCAUGGGAAGAAAUGAAGGCUGUCAUGAGAAGAAGAUUUGUCCCCAGCCAUUACCAUAGAGACUUGCACCGAAAAUUGCAAAGUCUGACCCAAGGUUCUAUGAGUGUGGAGGAUUAUUACAAGGAGAUGGAGAUAGCUAUGAUGAGAGCCAAUAUAGAAGAAGACCGUGAAGCCACUAUGGCAAGGUUUAUUGGAGGUUUAAAGAAGGAGAUUGCUGAUGUGGUGGAAUUACAAUAUUAUGUGGAGAUGGAGGAUUUGUUGCACAAAGCAGUUCAGGUGGAAAAGCAAUUGAAGUCCAAAACCUCCUCCAAAUUCUCAUCAUCCUCAAGCACUUCUUGGAAGUCAAAUUGGAAGAAUAAUAAAGCCAUUUCCCAUCCUAAAGAAAAUGUGAAGGCCAAGUCUACUAUGGCAUCCUCUAAAGGUAAAUCUGAAACUUAUUCUUCUUCACGAUCACGUGAUAUAAAAUGUUUCAGAUGCCAAGGAAUUGGGCAUAUUGCUUCUGAGUGUCCAAACAAAAGAGCAAUGAUUUUGCUGGAUAAUGGAGACAUAGAGAGUGUGAGCUCAAGUGAUGAUGAAAUGCCUCUGUUAGAAGAUUGUAGUGAUGUUGAAGUGGCUGAACCCGUGCAUGGAAAUUUGCUUGUUACUAGGCGUGCUCUUAGCAUACAGCCUAAGGAAGAUGAAUAUGCGGAGCAACGUGAUAAAAUUUUCCAUACUAGGUGCCUCAUUAAUGAAAAGGUAUGUAGCAUGGUUAUUGACAGUGGAAGUUGUACUAAUGUUGCUAGCACCUUGAUGGUCGAGAAACUGAACUUGCCAACCAAAAAGCAUCCUAAUCCAUAUAGACUUCAGUGGCUCAAUGAUUGUGGAGACAUAAGGGUGACUAAGCAGGUUUUGGUAUCAUUUUCCAUUGGAAAAUACAAAGAUGAGGUUCUUUGUGAUGUUGUGCCUAUGCAUGUGGGCCACUUGCUUCUUGGGCGGCCAUGGCAAUCUGAUAGAAAUGUUGAUCAUAAUGGGUACAAAAAUACCUAUACCUUUACCAUGAACAAUCGCACCAUUGUGUUGACACCUCUCAAACCUGCUGAAGCAUACGCUCACGAUUCUUGA